AUGGUUAGAUAUGAAGAAGUCUUCCUAAAACCACUUUUUACUUUAUUUCUGUUGGAUGCAAUAAAAUUGAGAUUAAACAAAAAUGAUAGUGACUGGGAAAAGGGAGACAUUGGACCCAUUUUAAAAAGUAUAUCAAGGAGGACCCUGGGAAAUACCAACCUUUGUGCCUGGGAAGAUCCUGGAACAGAUCCUCCUAGAAGCUGUGCUAAGGUACACAGACGACAGAGAGGUGAUUCGAGAGAGCCGGCAUGGCUUCACCAAGGGAAGACCUGCCUGACCAGCCUGGUGGCCUUCGAAACUCCAGUGACAUCAGUGGACGAGGGAAGAGCCACUGAUGUAAUUUAUCUGGACUUCUGUAAGGCCCUUGACACGGUGUCCCACAAGAUCCUUCUCUCUGAAAUGAAGAACUAUGGAUUUGAUAGAUGGACUGUUUGGUGGAUGAGGAAUAGGCUAGAUGGUCACAUCCAGAGGGUAGUGGUCAACAGCUCAGUGUCCGGAUGGAGGUCAGUGACGAGUGGUAUCCCUCAGGGGUCCCUACUGGGACCAGUACUGGUUAAUAUCUUCAGUAAUGACUUCAACAGUGGGAUCCAGUGCACCCUCAGCCAAUUUGCAGGCGACACCAAGCUCAGUGGUGCAGCUGACAUGCCUAAGGGACAGGAUACCAUCCAGAGGGACCUCGACAAGCUCGAGAAGUGGGCCCAUGAGGAACCUCAUCAGGUUCAACAAGGCCAAGUGCAAGAGAAAAGAAUUCCUGAGAACUGGACUGCAAAAGCACUGGCCAUAGACCCUCUUGUAUUAGAAUCCCCUCAGAAGUUCUUCUUGCGUGUAAAGCGGAAAUUGCAGCAGCAGCGAACAGAUCCAACAGCUUCAAAUGCAACCAGGCAGAACAUUCCUCCUUCCACAACUACAGAAAAGCCAUUAGUCAAAUCUGCUUUUGCUGAGCAGCUCACGAAUAAUCCUACAGAGCAUGUGGCCACUGAUAAGGAUGAUCAGGAUAACUUCAUUGUGGAGUCAAUGGAUGCUGAUGAUGAAAUGUCUCAUAGUACAGUGACUGAUGCUAUGAAUUUAAAUGCUGAACUUCAUCAAGACGGAAGAGAGAUGGAGCCAAGUAAUAAGCAAGGGGCUCAUGGAGCAGAAAAAAUACCAGAGACUAAUUCUCAAAAGCCCUCACAGUGCUUAUGUAGUAUUCAGCUCUCUUCUCCCAAGGCCCACAUUCCAAGGAAGCAAAAGCCAAAAGAAGGCAGUGAGGUCCCUUUGGAUAAACCUCAUACAGAUCAAGUUGCUGGCAGAGCAGGCAAAGAGAAAAAUAUCUGCCUAACCAGUUGGAGAAUUAACGUGAUGGAUGGUAACACUGCAAUAUUUGUUGAAGGAAAACGGAAAGAUAUGAAAGAUGUGGUUUGGCAUAGCACUGCAAUUGUGGAGUGCAUAGCACGCAACCAAGUGAAAACCUCGUCUGGCAGUAUCUACUUGCUACAGGGACAUAUGGAUUCAGUUUCGAUGCAAAAAGAAGGAUUUCCCUACCGUUUCAUCAAAAGAUUUACAUACGGGUUUCCCAAAAAGUGGAAGGAAUAUGUUGAGGUGUUUCUUGAGGGAAGAAGAAGGAAAGAACAAAAAAAACAUAGUGGUGAGGAUGAAGAGAGUGACUCAAUUGUGGGUACAGAUGUGUUGGAAAAUGCAGAAGACACAGCAAGAAAUGUAAGGAAUCGUGAAACCAGAAACACCACCUAUGAAGUAUUACCGAAGAAUUAUGAAAACAAGUAUACAACACCAAAGUGCCAUUCCAGGGUGAGUGACUCAAACAGAGUUUGCACCCGUAGUGGCCGGCUUGUUAACCCGCCAUUAAGUUUCUGGUGUGGGCAACGCGAGUUUGUUGAUCAGCAUCUAAAUGUUACUGUAGAAAAAGGUGGAAUAGAUUAUCUGACCCUGAUGUUUAGUAGUGAAAAAUCCCAAGGAAGGAUGAGUUCCAUCUCUAAGAAGAAUAAAAGAAAGGAAGUAAUGAAGACAACAGAAGAAAUGCCAAAAAACGAAAGUAAAGGGAAAAACAAUGAAAAAGCAGUAAGUUCCAUAAGAGAAGCCAAGUCUGCUGGAAGCAAGGAGCCCAGGUGCUUUAUUUCAGAUGAUGAUGGAAGUGAUCGUGCAAUCACUAGCAAAAAAACUAAAACACAGCUUUCUGUUGAGCUGACUCCCUUAAAUGUUGAAGCACUGAACAGAUAUAAUGACAAGAGCAGAAACCCAGGAAUGGCAAAGGAAAAGGGGGGAACAGAACCUGGAGAACUGCGUAUGCAUCAGCAGGCUUACAGGUACUCUUUGAGGUCAUCCAAACACCUUCAAGACAAGCAUUUAACAGAAGACUCAUCAAGCAAAUCUGAGGAAGAGGAAUCCAGUGAAGAUGUCCCACUGGCUACCAAAAGGAAAAAUAAACCUUUAUUUACAAAAGUGACUCAAACCUCUAAACCUUACUCUAACUGUACAAGUUCACAGGAUCAUGCAAACAAGGUGUCACAUGAACAAAAGACAGUAAAACACUCUGCUGCCUCCCACAAUGUGCCGUCGAGGCAAAGUGUGCCCAGAUCCAUUGACAGUUCUGACUUACUUGAAGGAAAAACACCUUCUAGUGAGUCCAGUAAUUCCUACCUGCCUGACAGGGCAAUGAGGACAAGAAGCAGAAUCAACCCUCCGAGGUGUUUGCUUGUCUCUGACGCUGAGUCUGAAACCAGUGGAGAGGAGUUUCAAGUAAAAGAAAGGAAUUCAAAAGUACCCAAUAAAAACCCAAACUGUAAAGUUUCUGAUACUGCCAAGUCUGCAGCAGCAAAAGCAAGAGAACCCGAGAGGGAAAAGGUGCAGAAAUCUCUAGAACUUUUUCCAAGGGCAACUGAUGGUUGGUCUGAAAAGGAAUUGGAGAAGCUCUACAGGGCCAUUGCUUCCUUUCCAAAGCACAGGAACGGCUUCUGGGUGGAGGUGGCCAUGGCCGUGGGGUCCCGCUCUGCUGAAGAAUGCCAGCAGAAGUAUGUAGAGGAACAACAGGCAAAAGGUUCCAAAACGCAAGCCAAGAAGACCACCUCUUCAGGAAAACCAGAACAGAAAGAUAAGAAAGAGCCAGUUGCGAUAACUGCCAAAAUGGGAACCUUCAAAAGAAAGCAGCAGAUGAGAGAUUUCCUGGACCAUUUGCCAAAGGACAACCACGACGAUAUCUUCACUGCGACGCCCUUUCAGGACAGAAGAGUGAAGUUGCCAACGUUGCGGGGAAGCCAAGAUGAUGAUGAUGAUGACUUUGCGCUUACGGACAACCCGAUCACACCUUCCUCAGCUGUCUUCCCUUUAGUGAAAACCCCUCAGUGUGAGCAUAUCAGCCCCGGCAUGCUGGUCCCCAUCAACAGGAAAGAUUGCGACAGGCAUGUGUUCAGAAUGCAGAAGAACACGCAAGGCAGCAGAGGCAGCUGGGACAAGGUCACGAAGAAGUCGGCUGGAGGUGUGCUUGGUACGCCAGCUUCACACAGAAACAAGUUCAGUGUUGAUAAAAAAGUGAACCAGAGCUCUCUUGUAGGGAAGCUCUUCAUGGCUGAAGCAGCAGAAUCCUCCGAGGAAGAACAGGAUUAUUCCUAUUCUUCUGCUUAA